UCAGGAAAGAAAGCUAGAACUUUUGACUUGGAGGCGAUAUUUGAACAGACUCGUCGGACUGCAAUUGAGAGGAGCAGAAAAGUGCUGGAGCAGGAGAGAAGUGUGGAGAGGCCCUCCGAUCCAACAAGCUGCGCUGGGAGGUCAGGCCAUGCUGGAGAUUCAACCAGAUCACCUGUUAACAGUGAAAGUGGAAGUGAUGACAGUGACAAUGAAAGUGAAAAAACUGGACCCACUUUACCGUCACAGAUGAGUAGAUUGGAUGUUGAGGGGGAGAGUGCUAUGGGUCCCCCUCUACCCCAGGGAUACGGCAAACAGCAAUGUGAGACAGACGAAGAGGAUGAUGAUGAGGAGGAGGAGGAUGAAGAUGAAAACCCAUUAAAACGGAUUCCAGACUCGCAUGAAAUCACACUAACCCAUGGCAAAAAAACGGUGUCAGCACUGGGACUGGAUCCUUCGGGGGCACGACUUGUCACUGGGGGCUACGAUUACGAGGUGAAGCUCUGGGACUUUGCAGGAAUGGAUGCCUCAUUACAGGCAUUUCGAUCAUUACAGCCCUGUGAGUGCCAUCAGAUUAAGUCAUUGCAGUACAGCUCAACAGGAGAUGUGAUUCUGUGCGUGGCUGGAAGUGCCCAGGCCAAGGUGUUGGACCGUGAUGGCUUUCAGGUGAUGGAGUGUGUAAAAGGCGACCAAUACAUUGUUGAUCAAGCUAAGACCAAGGGACACACAGCCAUGCUGAAUAGUGGAGUCUGGCAUCCAAAAAUCAAGGAGGAAUUUGUUACUUGUUCAAAUGACGGAACGGUGCGCACUUGGGAUAUGAACAACGAGAAGAAACAUAAGAGUGUUUUCAAGCCACGCUCCAUGCAAGGGAAGCGGGUCAUUCCCACCACAUGUGUGUACAGCAGGGAUGGCAAAUUAAUUGCUGCAGCAUGUCAGGAUGGCUCUAUUCAGAUUUGGGACCGAACAGUAAAUGUUCAUACGAAGUUUCAUAAUCGACAGGCACAUGCUCCUGGCAGUGACACCUCCUGUCUUAGCUUCUCAUACGAUGGCAACACCCUGGCCUCACGUGGUGGUAUGUGUCUGUUUCUCGCGGCCGAGAGUGAAUUCCAUCUGCUCUGGGACUCUUUGAUGAAGGCGUCGAUCUUUGCGUCAAGUUUGGAAAUUACUUCCACGCGGCUCGCCACCGUAGCCUUCCACAAUGUUAUUGUUCUCUCCUUCAGGACGGAUUGCUGCUUCAGCCCGGAUGAUAAGCUGCUGGUAACUGGAACAUCAGUGAAGAGAGGACAGGAGAACGGAAAGCUGCUGUUCUUUGACAGAGAGACAUUUCAAAAAUUGUAUGAGAUUGAGGUCACUGAUGCAAGUGUUAUCCGAUGCUUGUGGCACCCAAAGCUGAACCAGAUCAUGGUAGGGACAGGAAAUGGAUUAGCAAAAGUCUACUAUCAUCCAGUCAAGAGUCAAAGAGGGGCUAAACUCUGUGUCGUGAAAACAAAGCGAAAAGCAAAGCAGAGUCAGACUGUUACGCAGGAAUACGUCAUCACACCGCAUGCUCUGCCCAUGUUCCGGGAACCCAGGCAGAAGAGCACCAGGAAACAGUUGGAGAAAGAUCGCCUUGAUCCUGUGAAAUCCCACAAACCAGAACCUCCAGUAUCCGGACCAGGGCGUGGUGGACGUGUUGGUACUCAUGGUGGAACGUUAUCAUCAUUUAUUGUGAAAAACAUUGCUCUGGAUAAAACGGAUGACAGCAACCCACGGGAAGCUAUCUUACGUCACGCAAAAGAAGCCGAACAAAAUCCAUACUGGGUGGCUCCGGCCUAUGUGAAGAUCCAGCCACCCUGGGAGCAAAAACGAGACGGAGAAUACCCAUGA